AUGAAGGUUACUUCCGUUGUCGCCGCUGCCGCUUUCGGCGCGACGACUGUCUCUGCCGGCCUCUCCGCCGAGGCCGCCAGCAAGCAUGAGGAAGUCAUGGCUCUGAAGAUCAAGCAGUGGGAUGCCGCUCGCGCCUCCGGUCUCUUCGGUGGUUCCAAGCUCUACAAGGCCCUCUUCAGCACCGUUCCUUGCAGAAACGGCAAGGCCGGCGAGUACUCCUGCAACAACGUCAACCUCCAGGCUUUCCUCUCCCAUGAGGAUCUCGGCUCCGCCUCCAAGGCCGGCAACGAUGUCUGGGGCUGGACCGACAAGAAGUCCAAGCGCGAGUUCGGUAUCGUUGGUCAGACCGACGGUGUCGCCUUCGUUGAGAUCACCGGCCUCGGUCGUCUCGAGUACAUCGGCCGCCUCGACACCCAGACCGAGAUCGUCUCGUGGAGAGAUAUCAAGGUCAUUGGCGACUAUGCCUACAUUGGCGCCGAGGCCAACAACCACGGUAUCCAGAUCUUCGACCUCCGCAAGCUCCUCGACGUCAAGCCCUGGUGGAAUCCCUUCUUCUUUAAGCCCAAGGUCUUCAGCAAGGAGACCGACAUCACCCUCUUCGAUGGCGUCGGUGCCACCCACAACAUCGUUGCCCACGAGGAGACCAACAUGAUCUACGCCGUCGGUGGCCGCUCCGGCGCCAACGCCCGCAACACCCCCUGCGCCGGUGGCAUGUUCAUGGUUGACGUUUCCAACCCCCUCAAGCCAGUGUCCCCUGGCUGCAUUCCCCAGGACGGUUACGUUCAUGAUGCCCAGUGCGUCAUCUACAAGGGCCCCAGCGCCGCCUACAAGGGUCGUGAGAUCUGCUUCAACUUCAACGAGGACACCCUCACCGUCAUGGACGUCACCAACAAGUCGGCCCCCGCCGUCGUCUCCCGCACUCCCUAUGAGGGCAAUGCCUACUCUCACCAGGGCUGGCUCAUUGAUGAGAACCAGUCCUUCCUCCUCCUCGACGACGAGCUCGAUGAGCAGAACAAGGUCGGGCCUGCUGCCAACGGCCGCACCACCACCUACAUCUUCAACGUUGCCAACCUCGAGGCCCCCGUCAACACUGGUUACUACCAGUCCCCUGCCAAGUCCAUCGACCACAACCAAUACGUCAUCGAUGGUCUCACCUACCAGGCCAACUACGGCUCCGGCCUCCGCGUCGUCGAUGUCUCCUCCGUCAAGGUCGACCCCACCGGCGCCAAGUUCAAGGAGACGGGCUUCUUCGACUGCCACCCGGAGGACGAUGAUGUCAACGGUGUCACCGAGUUCCUCGGCACCUGGUCCGUCUACCCCUACUUCAAGUCCGGCUACAUCCUCCUCAACUCCAUUGAGCGCGGUAUCUUCUCGCUCAAGUACACCGGCAAGAAGGCCGCGUACAAGCUCUAA